CUGCUAUCCACGAACCACGUCUCUUCUGCAUGUCACAUAUCCAACCAUCCUAGCGUUUUGUCCAACGAGCCUUGCCGUAUUCUGAGUCGGCUGCGCGGCACGACCGAACAAUCUUUACAGGCGCAGACAUGCCCUGGCGGCCGCUGCCUCGCAUUGCUUUCGCCGUUGCCAUAUUCCCGUUCCAGCCGUCUUCGCCCGCCGACCUCCCACUAGAGCUCGGCGAUGAACUUUACAUCAUCGAACAGGGCGGUGCCAAUGGCGCCUGGUAUCGCGGCUACCUGGUUGCACCCCCGUCGCUACUCGCCGGAUUGACGAGCGUGAAGGGCCAGACUUUGGAGGCUAGAGUGUUCUCAGGUAUAUUCCCGCGAAACUGUGUUGAGAUUCGAGAGUAUCUAGGGGACGCGGAAGGUCACAAAGCUUUGGAGAAUGGAGAUGUAGCGGCCGUGGCUAAUGGGCACCGAAGCCCAGCAAGCACUGAUGAAGGCGACCAAAAUCGGCAGAGCAUUCAGGACACCACUGAAGAUCCGAGUCCUGGUCGACGGGCAGUCUCAGUCGCGACGUUUCGAUCCGCAUCGGUAUCAUUGACUCCCACCCCGAUCACUGCGCGGAACAUGGGCUCUCCCAAACCCGCUGCGCCCGUGCCAAUGCUCAAAAUCGGCGACGAAACCCCGACGUCUUAUGAAGAGCCUCUCGUUGAUGAAAUCGCAUCGUGUUUGCGAGAGUGGCACUCGACAAAUCUCCACGAGCUACUUCUAUCUCGCCAAUAUUCGUCGUUAGAGAAUGUAUCCAAUAUCAUUCUGGAGCUGGACUUUGCCAGACGCCAGCUCCUCCACGAUGUUCUCACGUCAAAGGAAAAAUCGAGUGUUCGCCAGGAGACUGUUUGGAGCCUAGUACGCGGCAACAAGAUGCUCACGGGCGAGAUUAUCGUGCGCGACCCGAAGCAAAGUGGUCGCUUGCUGACCGGAGAAGACUCGGCAAUCGAACUCACAAAACUUCAAUCGGAAAUGAGUAUGUUGGACAGUGACCCGACGCAGAAUGCAGAUUCUGGAUCCCUCCACCAUUUUCUACUCGAAAUCAAGGCAGUUACAGGUUCUCAUUCCGGUCCGGUCACCCUCAAUAUGUAUCUCGCUACGAAGGCAGAGAAUGGCUUGUUGAAACCACUCUCGGAAACAUACAUUUUGGACGUUCCGUCUCCGGAGAGCUUCUCGGCGCUGGCUCACAGUAGUAAAUUGAAGACUUUGUUCACGGAGCUGUGCGCUGCAGAUGUCGGUGAAGGAUCUGGAGCAAACACGCAGCUAUAUCUAAUAGUGAAAGUGCAAUCAGCAGAGCCGCCUCAGCCUUCUUUUCCACCCGCCAUGCGACCAUCUGGCUCCCGAGAUGGGGCGGUCACCCGGAAUACAUCGUCACUGAAUAGUGCCAGGGGUAGUGUGAAGGGCCGGCGGAGCAUGGUUUGGACUGCUGGUAAACCGCCGCGCAGUGGACAACCAGAGACUAUCAAAGAGAACCCGCCUAAAUCAGCCGAUUCCACAGAAGUUCGAGGUCAACCAGAAAAUACAUCGUCUAAAGACAACACUGUGAUCCGCACAGUUGGUGUCGGCGUUCUAGAUGUUGCACAUGUUAUUCGACAGAACAAGGAUGCCGAACAGAUCAUUAAUAUCUGGUCGCCCCUGAGUGAGGAUGGUGAAGAAGACGACAAUAUGGAUGAGGGCUUCGAUGAGGUUGUUCGUACUCUUCUACCAAGUCCUUCCGGUCGGUAUACCAGAUCCUUCCGCGCCUCUCGACUUCACCUCCAUUUCCACCCAUUUAUCAACUCUGAUGCCGACGCUCUUGUUCGAAACAACCCCACCCUAAUGCACAAUGUAACUCAAACAAGAAGACUUGGCUUUGCUGCCGCUCCUGCAAACCCGAGGUCUGACAUUUACUUGACCGUCUCUCGGGCCAAGUUUCGUUUUCCCGCCCUGUUGUCUCAUCCUCAAGCUGGCCAAGUUCCUGUUCCUGCGAAUACUGGUUACCGCAAUCUCCAGUUGACCUUGGAAGUUCGGAACGCUCGUGGUGCUCGCAUAGAACGUUGCGUUUUUGCGUCAUCAAACAGCACUGGCCAUACUGCCUGGAGGACAACCGUUACGGACAGAGAUUCGUCAUGGGACCAAACAAUUCGAUUGAAGAUUCCCACAGAGGAGGUUCCAGGGGCUCAUAUCAUUAUGAGCGUUGCAGAUGCUCCAGACUUCCCAUUUGCGCUCUGCUGGCUACCAUUAUGGGAUGGCCAAGCAUUCUUGCACGAUGGUCCUCACUCCUUGCUGCUUCAUGCUUAUGAUAAGGUCACUUCGAGUGUAGAUGAGACCGGAAAAGGCGCGUAUCUGAGCCUACCAUGGUCUUCAUCAGCCAAAGGGAUGUCCGUCAAGGACGAAUCUGUCACGGCACCUCUGUCCACAGUGCUGGUCGAGACCAACCUCUGCAGUACAGAAUAUUCUCAAGAUCAAAUCAUUCUGGGUCUUAUCAACUGGAAAAAGCAACCCGGUGGUGAAGUACUAGAACUUCUUCGACGAAUGCUUUUUGUUCCGCAGAUAGAAAUUGUCAAGCAACUGCGGGAUGUUUUUGAUGCUCUGUUUGGAAUUCUUGUUGACAAUGCGGGCAGCGAGGAAUACGAAGAUCUCAUAUUCAAUGCUCUCGUCACAGUACUGGGUAUUACUCACGAUAGACGAUUCAAUCUUGGACCUUUGGUUGAUCACUACACCGAAAACCAAUUCAACUUCCCAUUUGCCACUCCAUGUUUAGUUCGAAGCUAUCUACGCCUGUUGCAAGGAAAUGAUACACCAGAACAAUCACGGAAUCUUCGUGCGGCUUUCAAAGUGGGACGACACCUCUUGAAGUUUAUUAUAAAUGCCCGAGAACAACAAAAGCUCAAAGAAGAAGGUAUCGGGAUCACUAAAGUUCAGCCGACAUUCAACCGUGACUUACAUUCAAUAUUCAAGUGCUUAGAGACUCUCAUGCGGAAUCCCUCACCAGUUACGGUUGGUAGUAAAACCCUGGUGGUGCAGCACUUCCACAGUUGGUUACCUGAGCUUGCCAAUGUCUUCAGCAAAGACGAGAUCAUCAUGAUUGCUUUGAGUUUCAUGGACUCGUGUAAAGAUGUCAAAGGGAUGCUUGUCCUGUACAAAUUGAUUCUCAUCCAGAACUACACGAGACUCGAAGUGUUUGCUUCUGGCGCUGAAAGAGACACUUUGAUAUCCUGCUGUCAGAGCUGGCUUGAACCGUAUUGGGGCUCGACAGGCGCCGUCUCUGACCAGUAUAGAGACCAAGUACGUCUCUGUGCGUCAGUUGUCGCGGAACUAUUGAAGCAGCCUGAACCCCAACUAUAUGGCUUCAUGAACAAGAUCACCACGUCUUAUUGCGCGAUUGUUCUGGAAGGCGUUGAUGAGACAGAUUACCUCUCUAUGCUUUAUUCCAAAUCAUUCCCAUUUCAAGUGAAGCCAUCUAAGCGCAGUCAAAAGUUUGAUGAGUCGCUGGUCGAGCUAGCUGGUCUAAUCGCUGCAAUCUCAGAUAUACAGGAACCCAAGUUGCCUGUCCUCAAGCAGGACGACAUGGCCGUGUUCCUGUCCAACGCACUUGAGGCGCACAAGUCAAUUAUCAACUGUGAGGCUUAUCCUGGAGACUGGUUGAGUGUUCAUAUAUACCAUCACCGUGCCGCUGUGAAGAACCUCGAGAAUAUUUGUUCCUUACUGGUCCAAUCAUUUCUUCCUUCUCCUGAUGAUGCCGAUAGUUUCGAUACAAGACUAUGGGAACUUUUUUUCACUACGUUAUUGAGCGUUGUAUCAAGCGAAGCGCUUGCUCUGGAAACAUUCCCUGAGCAGAAAAGAAGAGCAGUCUGGAAGAUUGGCGGCGACGUCCGAGAGCAAGGUGCCGCGCUUUUACGUCAGGCAUGGGAAGUUAUUGGAUGGGAUACAACUGAAGAAGAAAAAGCAAAAUACGGAUUGAAAAAGCUCGGCGGUUACCAAGUGCAAUACGUCCCUAACCUCGUCCCCGGCAUUAUAGAACUGUGCCUUAGUGUUCAUGAGAGCCUUCGUCAUGUGGCGGUGGAAGUUUUACAGACGAUGAUCAUUAGUGAAUGGGAUCUCAAUCAAGACUUAUCCAUCAUCGAGAUGGAGAUAGUCACGAGUCUUGACGUACUUUUCCAAAAAAAGCAUAUGAACGAAAGCAUCACUCAAAAGCUUUUUAUUGCCGAAUUGUUAGAGCUAUUCGACAAGGUUGCUGAAUCAGAUGAGGCCCUUUCCACCGACGUCAAGGGCCUCAUUGGCACGAUAGAUGAACUAUUGGAACUUCUUGUGGCGUGCAACAGCGGCGGUAUUACUGAGAGCCUCAACACUCUGCGACUGAUGGAAUUCAUGAAAGACAUGGAUAGAGAGGACAUUUUUAUACGAUAUGUCCAUGGACUGGCUCAAUCUCAGGCUUCUGAACGGAAUUACUCCGAGGCGGGGCUAGCAUUGCAGUUCCAUGCCGAUCUCUAUGCUUGGGAUCCGACACGAAUGCUUCCUGCUUUGUCUAAUCCGCCGUUCCCUGAACAAACUGCCUUUGAGAGGAAAGAAGCACUCUACUUUGAGAUCAUCCAGCAUUUCGAAGACGGGAAGGCGUGGACUCAUGCGCUCGCUUGUUACAAGGAGCUUGCAGAGCAAUAUGAAUUCAUUGUCAUGGAGUUUGCGAAACUUUCGCGAGCGCAAAGUUCAAUGGCUAAAAUCUACGAAUCAAUCGCCAAAGAAACCCGAGCUUUCCCACGCUUCUUCCGUGUCUAUUACAAGGGCUUAGGGUUCCCAUCAACUCUUCGUGACAAACAGUUCAUUUUUGAAGCACUGCCUAAUGAGCGUAUGACUUCCUUCACCGACCGUAUGCAGAAAUUACAUCCUGCUGCACAGAUCGUAUCUUCAGGCGAAAUCGAGGAUAUCGAAGGCCAAUUCUUGCAAAUCACCGCUGUCGGCCCUUAUAGAGAUAUAUUGCAUCCAGUGUAUCAGCGUUCCAAGGUUCCGCAUUCAGUGCGUGAUCAUCUUUUGAUAUCCAUCCCAGUGCAGUUCUCCUAUACAUCUAAACGACAUACCAGCAGUUCUGAUAUCAAUGAGCACUCGGUUGAGAGAACUGUCUUCGCCACGGCAGAGCCAUUCCCUAACAUUCUCCGCCGAAGCGAGAUCGUAGCUACGGAUGUGGUGGAGCUUAGUCCUCUGCAAACAGCUAUCGAACGAACCUGGCGAAAGACACAGGAACUACAUCUUCUCGAACAGCAUGCAACUUUUGGGGACGACACUAGUCUUUCUGGCCUGACCGAAGCUUUGAUACAUCUUCUUGAGCUCGAUACACCGCAGUCCAGUUGCGUCGCAGUUUAUCGACCGUUCCUAUCACAGGACAAUGACAAAGACGGCGCAGAAGAUGAAGAUGAAGAGGCUGAGCCCAAGCCAAUAGACCCGUUGGAAAAUGCGCUUGCUGUGGCUUUGAUCGACCAUGCACUGUCAAUCAAACAUUGUCUAUCAUUAUACUCACGGCCGUCUCAUCAAGCAACCCAAUCACAACUUCUAAGUCGUUUUGAAGAAAUUUUUGCGCCGGAACUUGCAUCUCUCUCAGCAUAUCAGCAGGCUCUUUCACCCCCUCCGAGUGCGAACAAUUCUACCAAUCGGUCCACUCCGCUCGCGAACGGGAACUAUUCUGACCUAGGUCGGUCAUUCAGCCCGGAACAGGAACUCAUCCGCAAUUCACGCUCCAAUAGCCACGGUAAACACAACGCAAAGUCGUCCCUCAGCCAUCGGAUCAGCAUCGUCAAUCCUUUCAAGCGGUCUAAUCACAGUGGAUCGGGAUCAGUCGCGACGAUCGGUACCAUCCGUAGAUCGACGGAUUUAAAGCGUCAAGCUUCCAUGAAAUCCAACCGACAAUCUGUAGAUCUACAAAGCCACGACGGCGAUGCUGCCACCAUUCACUCACGCGGCACGAGCCGUGGAGCAAAGAGCGAGAAACGACGAAGCUGGUUUGGCGGGGAUACCAAGGCCAAACACAAAAAUACACCUUCCGUCACUGGCACCGAGGACGAAGACCAUCAACGCCAACGACAAAACUCUCACACGCGAAGCGUAGCGGAGAAAUCAGUCAAGUCAGCCAAGUCGCAGGAUGAGCAUGAGAGAUACUACUCUCGCCCUAACAGGCUAGAGCCGAAAAAGAGUACCCCAGUAAUGGCCAGUGGUGAAUGGGAUGCUGCUGCCACUGCAUUGCCUCGAACAUCUUACUCCGAACGGCCUGCAACGUCAGACAGCUUCAAACAUAUCGCGAACGGCGGUUCGUCUACAACCGUCUCUUCCGUUACUAGUGGCCACCACCACCAUGGCAAUGGCAGCACAAAUGGAAACUCUAAUACUAGUAGCGUUCGCGAUUCCGUCAAGAAACGAUUCAGCCUGCUCAAAGGCAUAAACAAAAAGGCCAGCCGAGCAAAUGUGCGCACCGGUCCUUUCGCGCAACCUUUGCCAGAGGAAUAAUUUCUAUUUCUGAAUUCAUACUUGGUUUAUAUUCUGUAUUUCAUUUUGAUUUCUUUUUAACCUAACAUAAUUACUUCUUAUGUGGGGUUUUAUGUUUCAAUUUUCU